UGGUGCACGGACAGUUUUGAAUUUUAACAUUGUGUUCUGGCUAUGCAGAUUUCUUGAUUUUGGAUUUCUGGACAAAAAAUUUGUCGCGGCAGCUUUUGGGAAUUCUCAGCCACACAUGGACGAUAUUCUUAGUCUCUUAUUUCGAGUGAUCCGUGCGCACGGACGUUGUAUUUGGGAGCGAAUUUUGCCGCGCAUCGCAAGCUAACAUUCAGUUUUUUUAAUACUUAACAUGGCUGACACUCAAUAAUGAAGAGGAAACCACUUAGUGUUGUUGACUGUCGUAACAUGAAGGUUUUAGGUUGUGGCACAAAAUUGUAGCAGCUUGUUAAGAGACCAUUACUGUGUGUGUCCUGUAUAUACCGCAAAAAUUCAUAAUGUCUGUCCAGGGAGCCAAGAAAAAGGAAUCUGAUGAAAGUCCUGCAGCACCAGACAGUACAACAAAGGAGCGUUGCUGUUUCACUGAAGGUGAAGAUGUACUACUGCAGCAGAAGGAUGGCCGUUAUUAUUUAGGAACAGUCGUUGAGGUUGAUCUGUCAGCAGAAAAAUGUUUGGUGAAAUUUGGGGACAACACUGAGAGUUGGUCAUCUUUUAAAGACUUGGCAAAAUUAUCACAUCCAGAUUCCUCAAACAUUCUAUGUGUAAUCUGCAAAAAAUCUACUCCAAAAUCAGAUAAUGAGAUAAUUGUAUGUGACAAAUGUGGUCGUGGUUAUCAUCAACUGUGCCACCAACCUCAUGUAGCCAAAGAUUGCUCUGAAUCAGAUUCUGAAUGGAUCUGUAAGAGGUGCCUGGAGAACAUGCCAGCUAAAGUAAGGGAUAGUAAAAGUACAAAAAAGGACACAGUUCGAAAAGUGUCAGGCCUGUCAGCAGUUUCCAGGCAAGAUAUUCAACCAAAUCAGACUGACAAACACAAACUACCUUAUGAUCCAGAUGUUCUGACGUGGGAUUCUGCUCAUCGGGUUAACUUGGAACAACGAUAUUGUUACUGUGGAGACAGUGGAGAAUGGUUUAUGCAGAUGUUACAGUGUGGGCGUUGCCAACAGUGGUUUCAUGAAAGAUGUGUACGCUGUUUGCAGUAUCCUCUUUUUUGUGGAGAUAGGUUUUAUGUAUUUGUUUGUUCAUUAUGUAACCACGGAAAGGAGUUUGUGAGACGGCUUGAGAUGAAAUGGGUUGACAUAAUACAUUUGACGCUAUUUAAUCUAACCGUGUAUAACGCCAAGAAAUACUAUGAUCUAGAUACUACUAUAGUUCCAUAUGUUAACAACAACUGGACCGCAUUUCAGCUUCCACCAAAGAUCCUCGAUAUAGGUGUAGAAGAAAGGAGAGACAACAUACUAUCAGUAUUGACUAAUAAUAGAAAUAGGUUCAAAUGUGGCCGUGAGAUAAAGAAACGAACAACGAUUUGGGGUCUUCGUGUACGUGUUCCUCCACCUGCACCAACAUUUACACUGCCAAGUGUUCGACCAGUCAGUGAUGCUGUAUUAAAGGAGCGCUGGAUGGGAAACAAGCGGUUAAAAUUCCUUCCACCCUCACUAAGUGCACUUGUGUCAGGAAAAUGCCACCUUGGUAAAGGAUUUUGUCACAGUGAAAACUCUUCAGGCAGCAAUCAAAAUUCCAUUAAGACUGGAGGGUCAGCAAAUUCAAACUCCAAAGAUAUUUCACCAUCUUGUACAAAUGAUGGCCACCCCACUACAAAUGGACUGCCACCUACACCAGGAAUUAAGAUAUUACAUAUUAAUUCCAUGUCUGAUGCAAGACAUACAGCAAGUGAAAAGGUUUCAGCAAGAAACUCUGAUCGCUAUAGUGGUGGUGGUUUUGUCAAGAAGUCAUCUUCUUUGUCUCCUGCAAAUCGGUAUACACUUCAGCAGACUCUUCUAAGGCGAAGGCAUAAAAACCUAAGAGGCUGUGUUGUUCAAACACAGAAAGAAAGGUUGUUGAGGCGGCGGCGGCAUAAACAGCAACAGAUAGAGAACCAUGCAAAGAAUUUUACUGCCCGUAAAGCUCGGAAAUUGCUUAAGAAUGCAAUUGCACAGAGUCAGAAAUGCAGCCAGGAAUUACCACCUACACCUCCGUCCUCAUCAACUCCAGACACACCUCAAGCUGUUCCAUCAGCUGCAUCUUCAUCAUCAUCCACAGUUACAACUCCAGUGCCAACUGAAUCAUCAGCUGCAGGUCCUGGCUCUCAAACAGUUCCACCAACAGAAAUUUCGUUUGUUCCUCCUUCAACUCCUGGGGAUACCAGUGGUGAUGAAACCUCAUCCCGGGGAACACUGGACUCGUUUAUUCCACCGCCAAAAGAUUUUGAGGGGAAAAAUAAUCCAUUUCACAGCUUAACUGAGCUUCUUGCAGCACCAAGUGGUUUGAAUGUUUCUGGGAGUUUGUUUAGUUCCUGUGCAACACAGAACUCUCAGAAUAUAAAUCCAAUUACACUUCCUCUUCCUCUCAAUCCAGUUCUCCCCCAUCCAUUGCCCCCACGACCUGCCAAAAGGCAGUUAAGUGAGAAAGAUAUUAGAAUAGAUAGAAAUGGUGAAGUGAAGAGGCGUAGGCAUCGUCGCAGUCGUUUGGGUUCAGUUAGUGGAAGCUCUGUGCAAUCUUUAGCAAAUUCAUCUGGAGGAACAGCAAGUAAAACAGCGGCCUAUGUUCCAACGCGUCCAGAUCAAGCUGUAAAACCAAAUGAUGUAUGGUCUAGUGGCAUGACUUCAGUACGCUCAUUGCGAAGCAUGUAUUCGAGCAGUAGUGGUGGGCCAUCAUCUUCCAGCAGUGUCAAUGGUGGUCAGAUUAGUAGCUGUAUGGACUAUGCAUUAAAUGGAAGGCGUUUGAGAGCAACACAGAGACAAGAAACAAAAGUCAGUGAUAAAAAAUUAGUUUCUCAGUCUGCAUCUUUAAAAUCUUCACCAGUGAAACAAAACCCUGUACAGAUAUCUAUGGAUGAUCUCAAAUCAUCAGUCAAUAUAUAUUUCGGUGCAGCAAAUCGAAUUGCUGCUGGAGAGAAGUUCACAAUUAGAGCUAAGAGGACUACUCCAAUGGGUAAGACACAGUAUCUUAUUGAGUGGGAAGGUCCUUCUGCGUAAUAGUUAAAGUGAAAUGAAUAAAAAUCUCAAAGUAUUAUUGUACAAAUAAUAUAUGUUUGGAAUACCAGAUAACUGAGCAUUUAUCGGUGUAUUAAUGUUUUGUGUUAUGUGAAGUUAUUUGGCUUUGUGGGACUGUGUUUCUAUAUCGUGAAAAUGAAUGCUCACGUGUAUUCUAUUUCCACCACUCUCACAUUUUUGAGGGGAUUACAUAAAUGUGUAAUGUAGUCCUCUAAGAUCGCCGAUGUUUACAGUGACCAUGUUAAAAUUAUAUUAUAGUUACCUACUAUUUCUUAAUAUGUUGUAUAUGUUGUAAUACCUUUUGUUUCGGCUAUGUGCUUCAUAAGACAUUCAGUUAUGUUUUUAACACUGACUUAUUAUGUGACAUCGUGUCAUGUUAUACUGUUUACCUGACUGAAUCAUCAUGUUACAUUUUAAUGUCGUAUCUCAUAAAGACUAGAUUUUGGGUAAUAAGUCAGUGAUUUAGUUUACUGAAGAAACUGGGUCAUCUAACAGUAAUGUGGCUGGCAAUUCUUGCACUGUUGUACCCACAUGUCCUCCUUCACAAAGGGCAUAGAACGGUUGUUACGUUUUUAAUGCGUUGGCACUUACUCGGGCAUAAACUUUUUGCAUACCUAAGUUUUGUGCUUUGUUGUAUUUUAUUCAUUUUUAUCUUGUGUAUAGAGUUUUAGUUAUGUUUAUGCUUCAUGGCCAUAAGACUUGUUCAAAAAAGUAAACUGUGUAUAUAAAUAAGUGUUUAAUGGAGCUGUGGGUGUACAUUAUUACAAAAUGAAGCCGUCAACAAGAAUGCAUGAAAAUGAUUGCUGUACUUGUAUACUUAAGGACCUGUGAUAACUGACAGUGCAUGUCUGAUAUGUUUGGAAUUAACAUGAUAGCAUUUGUCCAUGUUUUAGAUAUCUUAUAACUCCAUUGUAAUAUUUUCAUUAUUUUUCUGGAUUGGGUUUGCGUUUACAACACAGGUAAUGCUAAGAAUAUGGGUGUGAGUGAGUACUAUCAUCUUGAUAAUUACUGUCUCAAAAAUUCGUUAGUUUAUCACAAUUUGGAAAAUAUUUUUCAUUGGUUUACUGUAUUAAUUGUGCAAAAUCUAACCAGAACCCUGUAGUCACAAGUUCUUAUUUUCAUCUACACAUUUUUGGGACUAAAAAUUGAGUAGAUUUAACUGUAUGCAGAAUAAAUACACUUUCUCAUAUUUUGAAGCUGAGAUCCCAUACAUAUUUAGGUCUGCCACUGCCCCACCCCUUUCGUUGUUUAUUCCAUUUUAGCGCGCUCUCUCUCUCUCUCUCUCUCUCUCUCUCUCUCUCUCUCUCUCUCUCUCUCU